AUGCAGGAAGCUCUUUCAAAAAUCCGGGCCCAUACUUCGUCUUCUCUUCCUCACCAGAAAACCCCAUCCAAACUUCUCAUUGCUGUCGAGUCAACCUUUGAUGAACAACGAACUGAAAGAACGUCCACAGCAUAUUUUGCAGCUCUCCUUACGACUCUCGACGCCACAAUACAGAAGAAGGAAAUAUCUUUGAAUGAAGGAGACGUUCUUCCCGCAGAACUCUAUCUUCUUGCCCUCGUUUCACCGUUUGUCGCGGUCUCAGUCAUCCGGGCAAAUCUGAACACGAUAUUGAAUCUCACUGCGCCUCUUUUUCCUUCCCUCCAAUGUCAUGCACCCGCUCUCAGAUCACAACUAUCACUCUAUCAAGUCAUUUUUACAUCGAUUGACCGAUCGCAACUAGAGGCUCAUGGCAUACGACAAGCUUUCGCUACUAUCCUUGAAUUGUGUGUGGAUCCGCGACCAAAAGUCCGCAAGAAGGCCGCAGAAGUUGUGAAGGAUGUCAUCUUGAAUCCACCCCUUCCCCUCGCCAAACACCCUUAUUCAGAUAGAGUCGUAGAGUGGACAAUUUCAAAACUCUCCGGGGAAAACAAGUUUGCUACUUCAUCGACAAAGAAUUCAUACAUCGAUACUGAAUCCCACAUACACGUUCUCGCGAUGCUUCAUCCUAUUCUUGCAAAUCUUCCCCCGUCUGCUUAUCCUACCGUGACGAAAUCUCUUCUUCAUCUUCCACGGCUCGGAAACCCUUACCUUUCUCAGUUGGCGUAUUCUGCGAUGUCGGAUGUAUUCGUUUUAUCUAAAGAUGGCGGAACAUUCGACACGGAUGAGGAUGUUAUCGCAGAAGUGUUAAAGACCAUUCUCUCCUUCCCACCUUCCAAAACGGACACAACUUCAAGUCCUGGAUGGAUUGGGGUUCUUUCAGCCGCCAUGUCCGUAUUUAGGGAGAUGAGUCCAAGCGCAUUCUCGGGUCGCGCUCCUACCGUCUGGAAAACGAUAUGGUCGUACCUGGAAUCAAUUAACGGUGCAGUCAGGGAAGCCGCGAUGCAGUCUAUUAGUACUCUAUGUCAAUCCGUUCUGUCGAUGGACGAAGGGACCGACGGUAAAUUAACUCUAGAAGGAAUGGUGGCACAGAUAUCCAAGGCUCUCACUUCCGUCGCUUACACCAAAGCCAUCCCGCAUCUUCUAUCCAUAACGUCCUCAUUAACUCUGAGUUUACCCCAGGGUAAACCUAUAAAACCCUCCCAUAUUGCUACUAUACAACCCCUAAUCAAGCAAAUUGGUGAGCUUCGUAUAGAAAAGCACUUUGAGCACAAAGAGGCUGCGGACACAGCGCUGUCCACCGCAAUGCGUAUCUUAGGGCCACAGCUCAUUCUGGAAACUCUUCCGCUUAACCUAGAGCCUGAAAAACGUAAAAAUGGAGUGCCUCGUGCCUUCCUUCUGCCCUUGCUUGCCCAGCCCCAUCCUUCGCCGUUAUCGCACUUUGCUUCUUAUUUCGUGCCUUUGAGCGAGCGCAUGUUCGACCUACAAAGUAAGGCGGAGGCGGAAGGUCGAGAGUCCGAAGCGAAAGUGUGGAGUGUCUUGGUUCAUCAAGUUUGGAACGGUUUUCCCGGUUAUUGUCACGGAUCUGUGGAUAUUGAAUUGACUUUCAACCAGCAGUUCUCUCAGUUAUUAUCUCAAGUCCUUUACAGCCAACCCGACCUCCGACCCGCAGUUCUCAAGGGAUUGCAAGUGGUGGUGGAAUCUAACGUGGCUAUAGGAGCUGGAAAAAACGACGUCCCGAAUCCCUCUUUCAGCACACCUGGACAAGCAGCCCAAAACAUCGAUUUCCUCCGCACGCAAGCCGAAAAUUGGCUGGCAGUUCUUUUCAACGUUUUUAGUAUCCUUAACCGGGAUUCACGCGGAACGAUGAGUGAGGCUAUCACAGCCUGGGCAUCAAUCGCGGAUGGGAAGGCGCUGGCGAGAGCUCUACGUAAAGUUCUCGACAUUUUCGAAGGCGAACUACCCAAGCUUUCCGGUAAAGCAAGUGAUGAUGAAAGUACAGCGCUUAUGGCUCUCGACCUCGUACUCAUUCUCCUUCCUUUUCUAUCGAGUGCAGAUUCAAUUGCCCUCUUCCAACUCUGUUCAUCAAAAGAUAUUCUCACUGUCAAAUCCAAUGGCGUCCAAAAACGUGCCUACAAAAUUCUCACCAAACUCGCGGAAGGAAAGAAGGUUCCCAUCGAGGCAGAGAAGGUCCUUCAAGAACUUGAGUCCUCGGUGGAUGAAUUGUUCAGUGCUGCAAAGAAGGACCGUUUCAACCUACUGGCUGCAAUACUGCCAUAUAUGCCACCGUCAGCCUUACACCUUAUACCCUCUAUGAUACCUGAGGCAGUACUGGGAACGAAGGAGACUUCGGACAAAGCUCGAAUCGCCGCGUUUGAUUUGAUCAUUGUAAUGGGCAAGAAGAUGAGUGAGGGUGGCGUUGUGAAGAGAGAUAUGCUUGACGGUGUGGAGGAUGAUAUCCCAAUGGAAGCGGCUGCAACCAUCGAAGAAUUUAUGAAAAUGGUUGCUGGAGGCCUUGCUGGUUCAACACCUCACAUGAUCAGCGCGACGAUUACCGCAAUAUCCCGCUUAGUUUUUGAGUUCAAAGAUGAUAUAUCGAACGACAUGAAGAAGGAGAUAUUCACUACGCUUCUUGUCUUCCUUUCGUCCGCCAAUCGCGAGAUUGUCAAGUCGGUCCUUGGAUUUGUCAAGCUUUCCAUUCAUACCUUCCCUGUGGACAUUAUUCAAGUCCAUUUAAGAGACCUGGUUCCCGCUCUGCUUACAUGGUCUCACGAUCAUAAGAAUCACUUCAAGGUCAAAGUCCGGCAUAUCUUCGAAAGACUCCUUCGACGGCUUCCUUGGGAAGAUGUUUACCCCCAUGCGGGUAAUGAAGACGGCGCCAAGGUAUUGGUUAACAUCAAGAAGCGUAAAGAAAGAGCGAAGAGAAAGAAGGCUAACAAGGAAGAGGAUGAAGAUCCUUUAUCAAAUGCUGGUCCGACAACUGGGGAUGCCUUUGAGGAUAUUAUCUACGGCAGUGAAAGCGAGCUUGACGACAGUGAUGAUGACCAAGCAGCUUAUCGUCCGGAAGCUCGUUCGAACAAGAAACAAGCUCAGGAAGUACGUCUUCGUAUGGAUGACGAUGAUCCCAUGGACUUGUUACAAGGAGUCGCUUCUCGCAUUGCUAAAGGUUCCUCAAACAAGAGAAGGAAACCUGGACAAGAAGCGUCGAGAUUCAAGACUGAUGAGGAUACUGGCAAGAUGAUUAUUGACGCAAAAGCUUCUGACGACGACGUGAAUGGCCAUACGCUGAAGUCGAAGGACGAUGUCGUCGGAAGCGCAUACCGUGAAAGCAUUACGUCUGUGGAUGGUUUUACAAGAGGUCCCAACGGGCGUGUCAAAUUCAACAAGGAUACCAAGAAACGGCGUCGCGAGAAUGAAGAUGCGGAAGAUGACCCGAUGGAGGUCGUCGAAAAUAAUUCAAAGAAACAAAAAUCAAGGCAAUUCCACACCAAACCCGGACAAGAAUACAAGGCUAAGCGCGCUAAUGGGGAUGUGAAGAAAAAUGGUGUUGACCCGUAUGCUUAUGUGACGCUCUCACAAGCUGCUGGGAAGAAAAAGGGUCGAAAACAUGAGAUAGGUAUAGCAGGAAAAGGAAGCAGAAGAUAG